AUGGAUACAAAGUACAUGAUACAUAAACAGGCCAGACUUCAAGAGAUUCUACCAACGUUGGACAACGGUCUUCGUCCACAGCCAAAGGCAGAGGUCAGAAGGGAUGACAACUUACCAAAGGAAGGUGUAGUACAUUUUGGACAACGAGGGAAGUUAAUUCCUCGCUACAUUGGACCGUUUGAGAUAGUAGAGAGGAUAGGUCCAGUGGCUUACAGGGUUGACUUGCCGGAGGAGCUUUCUCGAGUCCAUGAUGUUUUUCACAUCUCCAUGCUCCGCAAGUAUAUCUCAGACCCAUCACAUGUGUUGAAGACACUGGAGAUUGAAUUGAGGGAUGACUUGUCUUAUGAGGAGCAGCCAGUACAGAUUUUAGGAAGGGAAGAGAAAAGGCUUCGCAACAAGACUAUAGCUUUGGUGAAGGUUCUUUGGAGAAACCAAAUUGUUGAGGAGUCGACUUGGUAG